GAGAAUCCCAUUUCUGAUCUCUUUGACGGCGGAAAGUUUUGAUUUAGUUCUGGAAAGGAGGGUGUUUACACUAAGGUGGCAAUGCGGGGACGAAACGCUGAUGCUUAUUCCAUUCACAAGCGUGGUAGCAGAGAAAAUAUCAAUGCCUAUGACAAAGAGCAAGGUUCAUUACCUUCAUGGAAUGAAGUGAGCAAAGAUAUUGGAAACCCUCCUUGGAAACGAUCGAUCCUGCAUGUAGUUGUGGCAUCUUUAACCUCCUUCUUAUAUGGUUACCAUCUUGGAGUAGUCAAUGAAACACUAGAAAGUAUUUCUAAUGAUCUUCAUUUUAAUGGGAAUACCAUGGCCGAAGGUCUGGUUGUUAGCAUAUGUUUAGGGGGUGCCUUUGCUGGAUCAACGUUCAGUGGUUUCAUUGUAGAUAGGAUUGGGUUUCGCAGGGCAUUCCAGCUAUGCGCAUUACCUAUGAUAAUUGGCUCUUCAAUGAGUGCAACAGCAAAAGACCUUUGGGGAAUUCUUCUAGGAAGGUUAUUCGUUGGGGCUGGAAUGGGUCUUGGCCCUGCUCUUGCAUCUCUUUAUGUGACAGAGGUUUCUCCGGCUUAUGUUAGAGGCACAUAUGGAAGCUUCCUUCAGAUUGCAACAGCCCUUGGUUUGAUGGGUGCUCUAUUGAUUGGAUCCCCUUCAAAGGAAACUGAGGGUUGGUGGCGAAUAUGUUUUUGGGUAUCUGCUGUUCCUCCUGCUUUACUUGCCCUUUCUAUUGAUUUUUCUCCAGAGAGUCCCCAUUGGCUUUUCAAGAAAGGAAGAGCUGCUGAUGCUGAAGCAGCAUUUGAGAGACUUUUCGGUGGACCAUAUGUCAAGGGUGCAAUGGUUGAUUUGUCAAAGUCAGACAGAGGGGAUGAGGCAGAAACAGUCAAGUUGUCGGAGCUACUUUAUGGCCAUCAUCGUAAAGUUAUUUUCAUUGGGUCGACUCUGUUUGGUUUACAACAGCUUUCUGGUAUAAAUGCUAUUUUCUUUUUCUCCUCUACCGUCUUUAAGAAUGCUGGUGUAUCCUCGCAGUCUGCAAACAUAUGUGUGGGGAUUGCCAAUUUGAUAGGAUCGUUUUCUGCAUUGCUUUUGAUGGAUAAACUGGGAAGGAAGGUACUUCUCAUUGCAAGUUUCUCAGGCAUGGCAGUGACAAUGGGUCUUCAGGCUGCUUCAGCUAGCUCCUUAGUGUCGAGCAGCAAUGAAGUUUAUCUCUCUGUUGGAGGCAUGCUGUUGUUUGUGUUGGCCUUUGCUGCUGGUGCAGGACCAGUCCCUAGUCUCCUCCUAUCGGAAAUGUUUCCCGGUCGGAUAAGGGCGAAGGCAAUGUCAAUUUGCCUGACUGUCCAUUGGGUGAUAAAUUUCCUUGUGGGUCUGUUGUUUUUGCGGUUACUGGAACAGAUCGGACCAUUGGUGCUGGAUACCAUUUUCGCCACCUUCUGUUUUGUGGCGGUGAUUUUUGUGAAAAGAAACGUGAUGGAAACUAAAGGAAGAUCACUUCAAGAGAUUGAAAUCACCCUUCUUACAGCAGAGUAGAGGUAUUAUGAGGUGUAUGUAUAC